AAAUACAGUAAAGCUGAAAAUAAACGGGGCAUUUGACGAGUUGGCGAAUCUGCUUCUUUCUGGAGUAUUAGCGGCGCAUCAUUAACUUAAAUAAUUUGUCACUUUUUAUAGCACUGAAGAUUUGAAUUCUGGCGCUGCUUGAAGCGGGAAACAACGACAAAAUGCUUUUAUUUGUGCUCGUUCUGCUGUGUCACUUAUCACAGGGUGUUCCAGAUACAGUAGAAGCUGUUAUCCUUCAGGUGCAGCGUUGGGGUGUGGUUGGCACACAGCAGGUGGUUGAUCGGGUUCUUCUCAAUGGAGUUCCUCUGACUGGUUCAAGCCAGGAAGUCAACAACAUUGUUCAAACCAUGUCAGCAAGUGCCGUCCUUCCGACAUUCAGUGUGGGCCAGAACCCAGAACAGAGAAACUACACUGUCCUUCGUUUACGUGAAUGCAUCAUGGAGGGGUCUGAGCUGCACUGGACUGACCGUGUGUUCUACGAUGGAAAGGUCUACCUGACUCUGAACCAGUCUGACACAUGGACAGCAAACGUACCACAAGCACUGAGCCUCAAAGCGCUGUGGGACAAGGAGGUGCAGCGUACAAGUAGGGAGAGGAUCCUCCUGCAGGAGGGAUGCACCAAGCUUAUGAGAGAACUGAAGCUUUCUCAGGAACCAUCUGUUACAGGUAUCCCUGUAAAUCAAUUUCUGAUUCCAGUCUUGGCACUCAUGGCCUUAGUUGGCAUCAUCAUUAUCACACUCUUCAUCUCUGAAAGCCAAGGUUUGAGGCACCCAGGGGGUGUGAUUGGCUCAGUUAUACAUUACCCCAAAGACAUGUCAGAAAUGCAGGCAGAAAGAAAAGGCUGUGUGUACCAGACAUUGUGAUUCAAAAUGGCAUCUGAUGAAUCGCAUCACAUUUGAACUUUUUAAUGAAGGGCCGCUUCUGCUUCUGUUCAGGACAGACGUUGUACUAACUGCGAGUACCAACAUCUGAAUACACUGUAAUACAUUUUAUCCUCACUGUUUUAUGCACUUUGACAUGUUUGUAUGACACUUUCACAAUGGUCCUUUUAUAGUAUAUAAACACACAAAUAUGUGCAUUGCCUUCUGAAUACUACAGGCUUCUUUUUGCGCAAUUUGAGGGCAAACAUUUUUCAGCAAUUUGAUUUUUCUUUUUUUUAACUGAGCAACCCAGAUGUCCAACAUGUGUAGAAAUGCACAGCGCCCACUUGUAGCUAAUAUUUUGAGCAAUGCAAGUUAAGACAGAGACCUGGAUUGCCUCAUUGGCAUGUUGUUUUGACACUGACGGGCCAAUCACAGCGCAGUUCUGUGAAUAAUUUGGGCUGGUGGUUUUGUCCCAUUUAUGUGAGCGUGCACUGCUUGUGUUUGGUUUCUUUGUUGUUGAAUACUUUCUUACUUCUUUGUAGCACAUUGUUGGAACCAUUUUGGUUUAGUAUUUCAUAUUUUUGUAUAUUUUACAGACAUAAAUCCAAUAAAAUACUUAUUUUGUGGGUUUAUAAAUAUCAUGGCACAUUUCUGCAAGUCUGAUCCAGAUGCAGUGGCUUCUUACCUCCUGUCCACGUUAAGACACAGCCUCCUUUAUUGGUGUCUUAUAUUUACACUCAGCUUCAAUUGUUCUUUUAAAGAGUUUUAAAAAUUGCUUGAACAAAAAAAAAAAUUUCUUUUUACAUGCAUUCAGCAGUCCCUUUGUGAUCCAAGGUUUAUCAGUAUUUUGCUUGUUUCCAACAUUUAACAUCAAUGGACAAUGUUUAUCAUAUAACUU